AUGAACUCCGACUCGGCUCGCCGUCUCGAAGAUCAGUUCGACCACCAGCAGAACGAACCCACUGAUUCCGAUCGCCAACACGCGAAUGAUGCCUGGGGCACUGGCCACAACUCUGCGCAUACCACUGCUGAGACUGGACCUACCGGUGAUGCUAUUCAACAUGCCCUCGGCCGCCACCAAGACCCUACCUUCCGCCCCGAUCACACCGUAGACCCCCAAACUACCGAGCGACCUGUAUCGCAAAAGAGAGAGGAUGGCGCUGUUGGAGUCGGCGAAGGGCCCCAGGUUCUCAGCACCUCAAACCAGGUCGAGACGCUGUGCGGUCCUCUGCUCAACUACAGAUACAUGAGUGGACAGUCAUCGGACAAUCCUUCGUGGCAUGGCAGUGUCCUGAUUGUCACCACUCCUGGUCAGAAACAACCUCAGCUUGUCAUUCGUGGUGCUGCCGUUGAUUUCAGUAGACAAGUUGACGGUGUCAAGUUGUACGAGGACCCUAAGAGCGCAUUCUGGCGAUUCGACAUCCAGAUACCAUUCCUUGCCCAGGAGUCCCGAUGGGACUACGAAAUUCCCGGCGCAAAAUAUGUUGAUUCCAAGAAGACGAGUCCUGGCCCCAAGUCAUUCUACAUUCCUUCCAAGACUCAGUCCAUGAGGAUCAUGUUCCACUCUUGCAAUGGUUUCUCUGUUGGUACCGAUACUGAUGCCUGGUCUGGUUGCGCUCUCUGGAACGAUGUUUUGCGUAUGCACGAGCAGAAGCCUUUCCACGUCAUGAUCGGUGGUGGCGAUCAAAUCUACAACGACGGUGUCAGAGUGGAUGGUCCUCUGAGGCCAUGGACUGACAUUGGUUCGCCUCACAAGAGAAGAAAUUUCCCUUUCAACGAAGAACUGCGUGCCAAAUGUGACGAGUACUACUUCAACAACUACGUGCGCUGGUACGGAACUGAGCCCUUCUCCUUCGCCAAUGGUCAAAUUCCCCAACUCAACAUUUGGGAUGACCACGAUAUUAUCGAUGGCUUUGGCAGUUACACCGAUCAUUUCAUGAAAUGUGCUGUCUUCAGGGGUAUUGGUGGUGUGGCGCACAAGUACUAUUUGCUGUUCCAACACCAUCUUGCUCCACCGAAGAGCACAUUCACCACCGACGCUCCGCAAACAGUCCAUGCCAAUGCAAAUGGUACAGCUGGUGCUGAUGCAGUCCAGUUGAACGACACAUUUGUCAAGACUGGAGAUGAGCACGAACCGUCGUACAUCAUUGGUUCCAAACCAGGACCUUAUGUCGAAGAACGCAGUCGAUCCAUGUACUGCCAGCUUGGUGCACGCAUUGCUUUCGUUGGUAUCGACGCCAGAACCGAGCGCACAAGACAUCAGAUAAACUACAAUGAGACAUACGACCAGAUUUUCCGGCGUACUUCUGCUGAGCUUCAGGCAAACCCUGCCUUGAAGCAUCUGAUUCUGCUCUUGGGAGUGCCGAUUGCAUACCCUCGUCUGCAAUGGCUCGAAAACAUCUUCCAAUCGCCUAUCAUGGGCCCCAUCCGUUUCCUUAACAAGAGAUUCGGAGUCGCUGGUGGUCUCUUCAACCAAUUCGACGGACAAGUUGAUCUUCUCGAUGAUCUGGACGACCACUACACGGCUCAUCAACACAAGACUGAGCGCAGAGAACUGAUUCAGCGCCUGCAAGAUUUGGCCAAGAGACACAGUGUUCGCGUCACGAUCCUUGGUGGUGAUGUUCAUCUUGCGGCAAUGGGUAGAUUCUACAGCAACCCCAAUCUUAACAUUCCUGUCGAGAAGGAUUGGCGCUACAUGGCCAACGUCAUAUCUUCCGCUAUCACCAACAAGCCUCCUCCGUCAGCCGUGGCCAACCUUCUCGCCAGUCGUAACAAGAUUCAUCACCUCGAUCACGAUACUGACGAGACGUUGCUCAAUCUGUUCGACAAGGAUCCGGGCCAUGGACGCAACGAUGUCAAGAACAAGACCAAAGACAAGAAUCACUGCACUAUGCCCAGUCGCAACUACGCAAUCAUCGCAGAGUCACACAACGGAAUUGGAUCUUCAGUUGGUGCUGCUGUCGAUGGCGCAACCAACGGCUACACCAAUGGUCACGUCGACGCACAAACUAAUGGCCAUACCAAUGGUCACACCAAUGGCGCUUCGACACUCACAGCCACUCAGUUCCCGGCUGGAGGUAAUCCUCGCGAGGCAUUGCAUGCAGGUGAGCAAAAGGCUGGUACUACUCACCCUGCUGCUGAGGGCUUGCAAAAUACUGGCCUCUGUGGUCCUGAUGGUCUCGAUGUCUGCAUCAAGGUUGAAAUCUCACCCAGCGAUCGUGAAGGACAUACUCAAGGUUACGGGUUCUCCAUUCCCGGCCUCGAAGCUCAUGCAUACAAGGGUCAGGGCACCACAUGGUAA